AUGGUUCGGCCCUCUGCCUCCCCCGCCUCCAAGGCCGUCGCCCUCGCCUUCGCCCAAGCGGUCUCCCGAGCCGUCCCUGCCUCUCUCAGCCACCUCUUCAUCCCCCGCAAGGGCCGCCUCUCCAUGUACGACGCCCUCUGCGAAUGCAUCCCGCCUGCCGUCCGCUCGCAAAGCCAAGUCGUGGGAGGGUACGGGGUGAGGGAGGUGGAGUUCAACAAGGUCCUCGAGCACAACGGCUUCACCAAGAUCCGCGACCGCUGCAUCCUCCCCUACGAGGUGGAGGCGACGGACUUCUCGAGGAGCAGCAGCGCGCGCUACUUCUUCUCCAACCGCCGCUGGAGGAACCCCGACGACCCCCACGAGCUCCAGGAGCUCCGGCAGGCCUGGCUCAAGCUCCGCCAGCUCGCGUGCAGGCUCGGGGCGGACGUGAGCCUGGAGGCGCUGGAGCAGUGCUGCCGGGAGAGGUACGGGGCGUGGGCGGAGAUGACGGUGAACUGGAGCAAGGCGCCGCGUCGGGUGUACCGGAAGAAGCGCAGCAACAAGAGGCAGGCCCCAGCCGCUACUAAGCCAGCAGACUCUGACAACCUCAGCUCGUUCCUGCGUUAUGCGACAACUUGCUCGCCGACGUGCUCGUCUCUGUCGGGGGACAGCGAGACCGACGACCCGGCUGGACGUCAGUCGUGGGAAGCUGGCAGGGAGCUGCAGGAGAGCUCCGACAAACUUGAAGGCAGUUGUAGCUUGGGGGAAGGAGAGGAGCCGAGCUUUGAGCACGAUAGCGCAGACUCAGGAUGGCUCGAAGCCGACUCGCCGCUAGUUCCCGAUGCAGCCCCAGAGGUGCUUCAAGGGUUCGCAAGCUUUCAGAGCUCACUGGGGGCAGGAGAAGCAGAUAUUGAUGUAUGUUUGUGGGAUGGCUAUAGUCUUAGCUUAUCCGAGAAUCAUUGGCAAUGA